GUUUUUAUGAGCUUUUAGUGUUGGCUGCAUUGAUGUUGGAAAAUGGCAUCUGCAAUUUAAUUUGUAUGUGAAGUUAGGGUUAAGUGUGUGUUUCAAGUUAGUAAUGUGUCUGAAGGUUGUGAAAAGAAGAUGAACUGCUACACUACCCAAGACUUCACAUCUCAAAUAAAUUUACAGUCAUGUACUACAAGUAAAAGUUGGAUGUCACUAAUAUUGAAAUGGUGAAUUCUCAAUCUAUUUUGUGCCAUAAGGAAAUUAUAACUCAAGGUGUAUGGGGUGACAGACCACGAGAGGGUGGAAAGUGUACUGUAAUCAUUGAUGAUAUUGUGACAGAAAAUAUUGCCCUGGAUGAAGUUCAGCAUGCAACGAUGUCCAUUUAUUUGGGUUUGGAAUUUAAUGGAUCAUUGAUUAUAGGUGACAGUGAUACAGAUAUAGACCGAAGUCUUGAGAGAUGUAUUCAGGCAAUGCUACACAUGGAAGUAAGCAUGAUUAUUUUGACAUUUCCUCCAAAAUUAUGUAGUGAAACUAGUUUAAAAACAAGAACUGUUAAGUGCAAAGUUCAUUUGAAAGAAAUACACAAUGAACCUUAUAUUUUUGAGUGGAAUGACAGUAAGAAAUAUGAAUUAGCUAUGUAUCAUAAGGUACGUGGUGUAGAGCUUUACAGGUGUGGCAGGACUAGAGAUGCCUUUUUGAGAUUUAGCAAAGCUAUAAAAUUUCUGAUAACUAUUAUACCUGUUGAAGAUUACACCUCUGCUGUGCAGAGGGAUGAUGUAAUGUCAUUACGUGUUAUAUUAUGCAACAACAUUGCUUCGUGUCAACUUCAGUAUAAGAAUUAUUGUCAUGUAAUAAAAAUGUGCAACAAAGUUCUGUUUCUAGAGCCUAAUAAUGUUAAGGCUCUUUUUCGAAGAGCUGUUGCUUACAUGGGGAGUCAAGAGUUUGAUAAAGCUAAAGAAGAUUUGAACCGGGUACAACAACUAGAGCCAGGAAAUGCAGCAGCAAGAGAGAAACUACGGGAAUUGAAACAGUGGCAAAGGGAAAGUGAUGCUAAAUUGGCAGCUUCUAUAAAGAAAAUGUUUUCGUAAGUAUGGCAUGCCGCAAAAUGAAUAUACCCACAGUUAAAGUUGAAUAUUUCUUUUAUAAUUCUGGAUAUCAGUGCUUUUGUAAGUUUUAUUUAUAUUAAUAAAUAUCUACAUGUUUCCUGUGAUCUGUUUAUUAUCGGUCUAAGCCCCCAGUUUCUGAGAAUGCAUUGUUGAAUAUAUGUAUAGGGAUGGAUAAUUUAGCAUCAUAAUUAUGAAAUUUAAUCUUAUGGUGUAUAUGGUUCUGUGUGGUUCUCUUGUGUGUUCCAUAUUUCUUGAAUAUGAACAUUUUGUAGGGCUUUUUGUAGCUUAAG